CCCCCAGACCGCGAAAAGCAGAGUAACCUGAAUGGGCCUAGCGGCGGAUCAACUUCCCCUCCAUCCAACAUACGAGCUGACAUCGAGCAAGACUGUCCAGACCGAGUAUCUUGUACCUCUCGACCUCAACAUCAGCAAUUGGUAGCUUUACCAAGCAAAUCGCCACCCAUCAUGGAUCCGUCCUCGGGACGCGAUAGCAAUUCGAACUCGAAUUCCUCCUCGAACUCUCCCUCUACACCCGAGAACCCGUUCAUCCGAUUCAAGAACUUCGCCGAUACACAAAUCAGCACCUUGCUGCAAGGAGUCAUAGGAUUGCCUUCUGCAUUUUCGAAGAGAUCGUCCGAGGACGGUCGUUGGGCCGACAUAGAUGAGGACUUGCGUCGACGGGACCGAUUGCAAGCAAGAGAUAGGAUGUUGAAAGCGCAGCUUGAUAUGAAGUCUGCAAGUGGUGAAGAGAUACCAGUCCAGAAAUUGGCAAAACAACAGGUCCCGCAGACUUCAGAUCAAGUUCCUUCCUCUGGAGAAUUCUGGAAGGAUACCAAGAGUUAUGCAGGGCUUGAACGUCGAGAAGGUUCCAAUGUCGAGAUGGACUUGCCAUUAUACUCUCCCGUCACCAGAGAGCUCUUCGAUAAUGUCCGACGGCCAGAGUAUCAAUCGGAUCUGGACAGGUCUCGAUUGUCACCCGGAGAAAAUUCAUUCAAGGACUUUCAAUUUGCACUUAUGAACGACCUGUUGGAUAGACGGGAACCUUUGAGAGCAACACGGCUCUUAGCCUUCGAGCAUGUGAAGGACAAUCCUAGUCUUCGAUCCGACUACUCCCUUCUCCCUUAUUUAUUAUUUUCUCCGUACUCUCCCUUGAAACUUGAUGCAGACAUCCAUGGUUGGGGCGCACUGCCUGAUUCUUAUCCAGUAGGCCGUCCCUUGUAUUGCGCAGCAUUUGAUGACCUAAUUCGAACAACGCAAGGCUUGAAAGAGCCCCCCACACCCAUCUACCAGAUGUCACUGCCGUGGAGUACUACUGGCCUCUCGGAUUUUGACAAUUGGAGGUGGAUCAAGGAUCUUUAUCGUCGGGGGAUGCUACAGCAAAAGGGUUCGGUUUGGGCACCAAUGCCUGCGAGUCAAAUCUGGAAAGAUCUCGCUGUUCAAGAGGACUCUGGCACCGAACUUGACGCGUUCGAGCAAUUGCACAAGUUGAUGGGGAAUGGUGCUACUCUACUAGCAACCGUACAGAGCAUGUUCGAUGCAUUGAAUCCCGAAGAGCAACGCCAAUCAGGAUCAACGAAUCUCCAUGACAUGAUCGCACAAGCGCGAGAGCGAGCAAUAAUUGAAGAUCGGCAAAGCCAAUCUACCAUUCCUCCUAAACAAGAGAAGGACAAGAAGCAAGUUACAAACGAUGUAAGACCAGACAGAAUUGUCUCUACAAGCACCACCACAGAGCGAACGACACAUGAAGAUGGGACAGUCGAGACGUGUGUUACGAUUUGGAAGCGAUACGAUGAUGGCCGUGAGACCACUACCACAACCACUCAUACGGAAGAUCCAGGGUGGGAUGACAAAGAGCAACCCGACUGGCCUGAUGAAGCUGCCUCCAGACAGGUAGGAGAGAAAAAUCUCGAGGACGACAAGAAAGAUCAGAAGAAAGGUUGGUUCUGGAAUUGAGCAUAAUGAAUUGUAUGGAUAUAUAGUAUGGCGCUUCAUGGGAGGGCAGGGACAGGAAAUCGGCGCACUGGAGAUUGUAUAGCACGUAAAACUGGAGUAUGCAGCUCAACUCAAUAUUGUUGUGUCAAAGCAGGACAUCUGGUACAAUUUCGGUCUACUGUGGACGUAGUUUCUGCUCCUUUUUAC